GCUUGGGCUGAGGUGCAUGAUUUGGGCUUUUGGAGGACACCACGUGCGACGAAGUUAGCGGCUAUUCUUCACUCGACAUUCAGCACCUAUGGCCGGAUACAGUGAUCCACGGGACUACGGACAUGGCGACCAGAGGGGGUAUGGUAGCGAUCAGAGGGACUACCAUGGCGAUCGAAGCAGCUACGACCGGCGACCUAGGCGGAUGGUGACGUGCUACAACUGUGACGAGCAGGGGCACUACGGUAAUCAGUGUCCGCACCCGCACAGGCAAAAUAAUUCUAGACCAUGGACAUCCUCUGACUCUCAACGGGGGAAAUCUGCAUCGCCUCGGCAAUUUCCACGCCACACGUCAUCUAGCGAUUCGAUCCAUUCCACAGUGGCAGAAAUUGGAAAAAGCCUGGCAGCGGUAUGCCAAUACGUGGAAAACGAGCAGCAGAAGAAAGCUGCCAAGGAAUGCAAGAAGAUGGAGAAGAAGGAAGUCGAAGAACGAGCGGAGAUCGAACGACGAGAAAGGGAGCUGAAGAAGAAAAAGAAGGAAGACAAGGCGCGGAAGGAAGCGGAGCUCGUGAAAGAAAUUAACAAGAACUUGGAUCUCAGGGUUGCUGUACAGGUUGCUCAACCAGUGUCAUCAGGAUCCGAAAGCAGUGCCAGUAGUAGCAAAACGGAAGAACUCAGCAAUCGGAUGCGCAACCUAUGGCAUUGCAUCAAUGAGAAGAGGAAGCGGGGAGAGGAACCUGUCUUCGAAGACAGUCCUCCCAAUGGCAUGGAAUUGCCACCGAAACGGACCCUGAGGAAGAUGGGGAAACCAGUCAACUUGACUGCGAGGAUCACUCGCUCCAAGGCAAAGAAGAACUCGACAACACCCCGGAAGACUCCAGCAUCGAUCCGAAAGAAGGAGAUACGGGCAUCGAUUGGAGUAAUCGGACGUUUGAAGUUCGAGAAGCAGGUCAUGCAGGAACUGAAGAAUCUCGACGCUUUGGUCCCGCAAAACGUGUGCCGCGAUGAAGGUAUCCCGUAUAACGGUAAGUUCGAGGCUAUCUUCGACAUAGUCGCGCACCGUACGAAGGUCGCGUACGGAACUGAUGAGGAGGAGGACACAGAGUCUACGCAUGAAAAACAAGCGGAUGACAAGGCAGAAGGUGAGGAACAGCAUGUCGUUGAGUGAUGUGGUUUCAGCGUAGCCGAUCUUUGGAAGAUUAUUAGUUGCCUUACUAAGU